AUGGCAGCGCCGACGAACCUCGUCCACCUCGUCGUCUGCAGGCUGUGUGACAGCGAGGUCACGGUCUGGGACGACGUCCUGAACACCGCCCUCAACGUCUCCCUCAGGCCGAUCGAGUACAGGAUCAUGCGCACCAUCUCGAACAUGGGCGACCACGCGAUCAUCUACGGGGAUCUAUCCGACGUCAUGGACGGGAACAACGCACCCGGUCUCGAACAGGAAGAUGAUCAACUCCACCCUCAGGCCCCACUGCGCGAUCAAGCUGUUGGAGGCAGACACGGUCAGGAGCAGGAGUACGUGAACAGGCAGCAGAGCGCAAGCCCGGCCGCGCAGAGGGACACGACCCCGCAGGAGACGCCAACCAAGACCAAGCCCGCGUCCAAGAACCCACUCGACAAGCUGAGCAACAGCCGUUCGUCCAGCCGCAGGUACCAGGGCGCGUCCACAUACUCGCCGUUCCAGGCGCAGGGGGUGCCGUUCCAGCAGUCGCAGACGAUCCAGCAGCCGGGCGUGCCGAUGGGCGGACCCGUGAACCAGAACCUCAGCGCGUGGAACCAGAAGGACCUCGAGAUGAUCUCGGCCGCAUUGAAGACAAGGCUCAACGUCACCAGCGCGGGCGACACCAGCAUCAAGGACCCGUACCGCAGGUACCUCGACGACGACGAUAGCGGCACGACCGUCGCCAAGCCCAGCGCCUACCUCGGGAUCAUCAAGACGGUCGAGUACGCGAUAGGGCUCGGGACCGCGAAGGGGGACCAGAAGACGGGCAGGUCCAGGCUGUACUUCGACGUCGUGAUGACGGGCGCGGACAAGAACUGGCUCCUGAACCAGUGGACGUCCAUGGACGUCGUCAUCGAGGGGGUCCCGCACGCACGCGUAGAGCCACGUGAACCCGGGUCCACCCUCUCCGUCGUACUUGAUCAGGUUCUUGGACAUGUCCGUGCGUAG